UUUGGCUCAAAAUGAAAAAAAAUAUCCUGUAUAUUGUAUCAGACAUAACCUAACAAAACUCAAUAAAGUGUUGUCCGUUGUUUUUUAAAUGUACUUAUUUUAAAACUUAUAUUUUACACGAAUUUUAUGAACCAAUAGACUUUUAAACAUUAUUUUAACAUAAAUCAUGAAAAUUGAACUUUAUAAUGAGAUAUUAUCAACGAUAAAUGGCUUUAAACGCAUUAAUAUUGAAUGUAUUGAAGUUUUAGAACAAAAGUUUCCAAAGGUGAAACAUGGUACAUUAAACAGUAUAUUCUCAUCAGAAGUACAAAAAUGGACAAAAUCAAAGUUUGCCAAGGCUCAGGACUCAGCAAAUGAAAUUUACAACAAAUACAAACAAUCAAUACAAUCAGGAGCUGUACCAGGUGUAAUUAUGAGACUGGCUGAUGAGUAUGAACUUCCUUACUCACUUACAGCAAAAAUUAUUCUUACAAAACAUGUGGUUGAGGGGCAAGGAGAUGCCAACAAUGAUAAUCACACAAUGCAAUUAGUAAAGAAACAAUUGAGGAACACAACAUUAAUUAAUGAUAAACAAUUGGCCUAUGAAGUAUUUCUUUGUACAACUUUUGAUGAUCAGUAUAGUCCAACAAGUGAAAUUAUAAGAAUGAGUUUAGGUCAACAAUACGAAAUUAAAUUAUACAAACAAAUGGAGAAAUGUGGUAUUGUCUUCAGAACUGAAGAAUACAUGAGAAAAUUCGGCUUUGACAAGACCCCAGACGUAAAAUUAGAAAUUCCUAUAGUCGUGGACGGUUUUAUCAUUCACUGGAUCGAGAGCAAAGCGAGAUUUGCCGAUUCAGAAAUUCAUCAAGAUUAUUUAAAAAAUCAAUACAUUAGUUAUUGGAAUAGAUUCGGUCCGGGGUUAAUUAUUUAUUGGUUCGGAUACCUGGACGACUUAACCGACAGUGAUGAAAAGCGAUUUAUCAUUCGCGAUCGUCUGCCAACAAAUAUUUUAAAACUUAACAAGUAAUUAUUGUUCUAUUUUAAACUAAAUCAUGUUAAAUUAAUCACAAACAACGAGUUGAUAUCGAUCAUAUCCCUUUUUCAACAA